UGAGAUAUCAAUUGGUGCAUCAUUGAUAUCAUACAUUGUUAAGUUCUGUCUAAAGAGGAUAGAUUCUGGGCGCCUAUGGGGCUACCUUGCGCUCUAGCAACGCACAGCAGUUCUCGCGUCAAAAUUCUGACGCUGCAUUUCUCUAUCUCGGAAAUUUUAGAUGAUACCUUACUUGGACACUUCAAAGAGCCACCUUCUGACAAUUUAGUACUCUCUGGUGUCUCAACCAUCGGACUUGUAUCUGACACCAAUUGGCCAAGCGAUUAUGAUAUGGUUCAGUGCGACGAUCCAACCUACGCCCAGGAAUUCUGCGACGAGGUGAGCCGGAUGCUCCCUAACGCAAAGAACCGCAUUAUCUCUCGG